AUGCAGUGUUUAUACUCAGCUGAGCUUCGCGCUCAUGUGGCGGUAUUUGUGGUGGGGCUUGAUACUGUGUGCGCUUGCGUACCGCAGGCGUGCAAGGAACAGAGGAUGCGGUUUCAUGAUCGCACCAUCGCAUGCAUGGGAGUUGGGCGCGAAGGUGAGGUGGAGGUGACUAUUAUCUUUGAUGAUCACACUGUUGCGUUGUGUGGUGUGCGCUCAUGGGUUCCCACAGCUUCUGAGCCCGCCACUGUGAUAGAAGGUGGCAACCUACCGCGGCCGCCUGCUCGGUUUUCCAUCCUCAAGACCGGUAGCCUACCAGACUCGUCUGGAACGCCUCGGCCUGUACCGAUUCGUGUGCUUUGGUCUGGAAGGCAGUACAUGUGGAUUGCCUAUGAUAAUGGCAGCAUCGGUGUGUUUUCUUGCCAAGACAUUGGUACCGAAGGUUGUUCGGAGAUGAACGGAGGACGGGAUGAUCUGAGUGCUUCGGAGGAUAUUGAGUUCACCUUGAUGCACUUUGGUAGGCUUGCAUGUAUGGAUGAUGUAUCGGUGGCAAUGCAAGGUCUAUUUCUGUUUGCCGAUAGUCGAGUCCCUUCUCUGUAUUAUUGCUAUACUCACGAGGAUAAAUGUUUGUUGCAUUACGGCUCUAUCCAACUGCAUUGCCAAGUAAGGGGGGACAAGACUCAACAGACAAAUGCUAUAAAGAAGUGCCGCGUCGUACCCUUUGAGGAUAUAGUGUAUGGACUUCACGUAGAGGGUUGCCAGUACCAUGUUCUUACGCAGGGUCGUUGGGGUGAUAGUCCUUUAUACCUUACCACACUCUCGUUUUCUCUCGCUGAGUGUGAUACUGCUGGUGUGGCUCCACUUUAUCAGCAAAUCACGCAUGCACCAGAGGACAAUUUGGGGGAAUACUGCCGGACCUGCGAAGCCCGUAUCGCCGCAAUAUGUCAAGCCAAUGCUAACACUUUACAGAAUAGUGAGAGCACAGCAUCCAUGUUGGCGCAACUAACAGAGCUGCAACAUAGUGUAUAUGCAUUACUGCGUCGUGAACAGUCCAGCACGAGCGUAAAGCUUAGCCUGAAUCAUAGUUAUCCUCAACGCAUCCUUCGUCAGCUUUCUCAUACUUUUAUGCAAGUAUCGGUGAAUCUUUUUCUCUGUCGACUGGACGUUUUACAUGGUAUUGAGAAACCGCUUCAUGAGAGUCUUAGAUUGCAUACUGCACGGGCGGUUGCUGUGGACGCGCAGGAGGCACUUAUGAAAAUUGUAGAUGCUGCUUUUCCCUCACCCUCCACCAGCGAACCCCCCAAAGUAGAAUUGUGGCCUCCUAGAGAGUCGUUGUGCGUGGACGUGAUUUUAGAGCAUUUGGGCUACUCCUCUGAAGCUUCACUAGUGGUGAUUCUUCGUGAGGCCACAGAGAUAUUGCCAAUGCUCGCAUUAUUAAUUUUAUACUACACUUAUCAAAACACCUUAUGUGACGAGGGCAGCGACUCACACGAUAUCGUCAUUCCUACACUGGAACACCAACGCCAAGAAAACGCGUUGAGGGAAGAGUUUUUAAUCAGUUGCUGCAGACUGCCAGCAUUACUCAAUACAUGGGCCUUUGCCUGCUAUGCAGUUGAUCACGGCAUAAAUCCCCUGGACAAAUCUCACACUGGGGCACCCUUGUACAUGCUGGGUCCUCGUAUAUGCCACCUCAGCAACCCCCCAGUUCUGAGACUGCUACCCGCCUUGAUGAAUGGCCUUCUGAACGUAGCGGCAGUGGAUGCGGUCUACAAGCAGACCGCAGCCGUAUUGGGGCUUUUGAACAGCACUAGCCUCCCCCCCUCUCUCGCGCUGAAGCUAUCAUUUGUGUCUUUGAAAACUCAUGCCCAUCGCAUUUUAGAGGCGAUGUAUCGCGCGAAUCGCCACACUGUGAACGAAAACGUUUCAAUUCACGCUCUUGCCUUAGCAGCGUUGCAGCUGGGAGAUGUAAUCCCGCUGCGUAGCUUAAUUCGUGUUGGCAGCGCGCAGGAGCGGGCAGUGGAGAGAGUGCUAUGCUCGUGCCGCGAUGCUACUCGACGGAACUGGCUGCGGCUGCGCUUUUAUAUUCUCAUGCGGCGUUACGCGGAUGCCCUCCAGGUAUGUUGCGAAUUUACGAGCCAAAACCCUGUGGCCGGCCAGCUCACUCAGAUGAUUGCAUCUUAUCUUCGUAGCCUCAUGCCCAUGGGAAAUGAGCAGUACAUGUCAGAAUACUUGCAGUAUUUGGGUCCUAUGUCUCCGUCGCAUUUGCAGUCCAAUGAGGAAGAAAAGGAUCAGGAACCCAGACGUGUAUAUGAAGACUCAGGAGAUAAAGGAAAUGAGCUGACAUGUGUGGGUAUGGUACCUACAUCUCUGGAGAAUCAACAGGACGAAUUGGAUGCCCAGGUGCGUUGUGCCAUAGCUCGUUGUGCUUCUCACUCGAAUCGUCGAGCGCUCAAGUUCUCGUGUCUCACCAGUUUGUCGCGUUCUAAGUCAUCUGGAGAAGUAGUUCUUCGGCCUUCCACUAUCCUAUCCUUCCUUGAUCAAAGCGAUAAUAGCCUUUUUACUGCUCCUAACCAACAAAAGAAACUUGAUAUUGAUAAAGAGGCUGAUGAGGAGACCAGCUCAGGCAAUGGUAAGUGUGCUGUUUUUUCCUCUGCCACAGAGUCGCAAGAUUCACAAGAUCCGUCAGAUAAUAGUAGACGAAAUGAACAGCAAGAGAAACAAACUAAACAUAAUAACGGUUGUGCCCCGACAAUGUUGAACACGAGUCUUUGCGGGUUCGGUGAUGCGGUACUUUGUGAGGCACGACUUCAACGCAGUGGCAAAAUGUGCAAUAGAGUGCGGCCAUGCCCAUACCAUGAUCGAAAGGGUUGA